CACUGACGUCACCAGGACCCCGGACCCAGCGCAGCUGUGUGUCCUCAUCGGUGUGUGCGUCUGGCAACAAAAGAGUGUUCCUGGAGGAGUUGGCGACGUCUUCUCGACGACAGAACAAUUCCUCGGGGACGUCGUCACAGGCAGGAGCUGGUCGCGAUGACACCGCCGCUGUCGCUGUCCGUGGGAGGAAGAGGAAGAGGAAGGAGGUGAUGAUGAUUACGUGCAGUUAGCUGGCUGCCUGGCUGGCUGACGGAGCGACACAGCGACCGGAGUCCAGUCGAGCGCGAGGCGUCUCCCCCAACCCCCGCGACCGGAGCCCGGAGCCCGGGCGAAGAGAGGCGAGGAUGCCGCGGAGGAAACAGUCCAACCCGCAGCCGGUGAAACUGGAGUCGGAGGACGGUGCCGUGGUGUGUGAGCCGAGCUGCCUGGUUUUGGAGAGUGACUUCCUGCUCAGCGGAGAGCUGGAGUUUGGAGACUCGGAGAUCAUGGGGCUGGAUAGAGACACUGGUAUGACGGUCUUCUCUCUGAGUGUGGACGACGACCCUUCGGCACCGACCGACUCCACGUUUCCAGCUUUCCUCUCCUGUAAAGGAUGUGGUCAACUCCUGGGAGACGCUCCGCUGGGAGCAGGUUUAGAUCUCGGCGUGGGGCUGGACUUGGGGACGGAGCUUUACUGUCUGUCGUGCGAGGAAGGCGUCCAGCACGCCGCCUCCUUCGACUCCUCUCUGGUGAACGGGUCAAACCUGUCGGACACAUCCAUCAGCGGCGGCUCCAACAGGAAGAGGAGGAGCCUAGGUAAGAGCGGCGCUGCAGGCGACGUUCCAGCUAAACUGUUCUCCUGCCCGCAGUGCGUCUUCACAACACGUUACUCCAACCACUUGAAACGCCACAUGAAGACCCACGACGGCCAGAAGCCGUACCACUGCCCCGUGUGCCCAUACGCCUCGGCCCAGCUCGUCAACCUGCAGCGCCACGCCCGCACGCACACCGGAGAGAAGCCGUACCGCUGCCACCAGUGCAGCUACGCCUGCAGCUCCCUGGGCAACCUGCGGAGGCACCAGCGCAUGCACACGCAGGAGAGACCGCAGAGGAGGGAGAAGGAGAAGAGACGAGGCAGGCGGAAAAAAGCCAACGCCGAAGCCGAAGAAGUCGUGUCCGACCUCACCCUUCGAGUGUCCCAGGACUCGGGCUUCCUCCACACGCUGGGGGGCCUCGGCUCUCCCUCCGCUCCACUGCCCGUCCUCCUCUUCCCCCUGUGCUGCCGGCUGUGUGGCCUCACCCUGGAGGAGGCCGACCUGGAGGAGGACAAGGCCGAGGGGGAGACGGAGGGAGAAGGAGGACAGAUGUGUCGUCGCUGUGCGUUGGACCUUCUUUCUAAAGACGGGCCCGGGCCUCCCUGCGGCCCUGCUGUCUCUCGGGGAUCCCGCCGCGGUCAGCGGGGCACCAAGUUGUACCGCUGCCCUCACUGCCCCUUCCUGUCCCAUUACCCCAACCACCUGGCCCGCCACGCCCACACCCACUCCGAGGAGAAACCCCACCGCUGCCCGCACUGCGCCUACACCUCCUCGCACCUCGACAACCUAAAACGCCACCUGCGCGUGCACACAGGCGAGAAGCCCUACCAGUGCCCGGCGUGCAGCUACGCCUGCGGGAACCUGGCCAACCUGCGGCGGCACGAGCGCAUCCACUCGGGCACCAAGCCCUUCCACUGCGGCGUAUGCGGCUACUCCUGCAACCAGAGCAUGAACCUGAAGAGGCACAUGCUGCGACACACGGGAGAGAAGCCGUACGCCUGCGCCGAGUGCAGCUACACCACCGGUCACUGGGACAACUACAAACGCCACCAGAGGAAACACGGGCACAACACGGACAGCUGGGACAAACACGCGCCCAUCAACGGCCUGAGCUGGAGCAAGGACACCCAGGAGGGCGAGAGUCAGGGACAGGAACACACUUAGUGUGUCUGUGUGAGUGUGUGUGAGUGUGUGAGUGUGUUGUGAAUACACUGGUGAACCUCCAGCUCAGGUUGGAGCUCGACUCAGGUGCCUUUGACUGUAAUGCUGCACUGAUUUUAUAUAAGGGCGUGUGCGUGCGUGCGUGUUUGUGUGUGUUUGUGUGUGUGUGUGUGUGUCAGUGACACCAGGUUUUCACUCUGUCUUUUCACAGAAUCAACUUGAUGAAGUCUGAUGAGACUGAAAUCUUUAUUUUUUUCCUCUGCAGAUGAAAUAUAUUUUAUUAAUGUGUAUUUUUCACAUCAGCUGAUCAUCAUCAUCUUCUCAUGAGCAGUAAAUGGAUUUAAUUUUUUGACUGGUUCAGUUUGUCCUGUGAUCAGGACGCUCGUAAACUGAUGAUGAUAGAUGAUAACUCAGUUGCUCAGACAGUUUAAAGUUUUAAAGAUAAUAAGCGGAGUUUGUUUCUGAGUGAGUGAUUUUCAAAACUCAGUUAAAUCAAGUCCAUGUUCAAAAAUCAACUCUGCCUCCUAAAAAUGUUGAAAACUGAAUUUGAUAAAAGUAGAAUUAUUACAGACUUGAGAAAUACGGUUUGUGUAAAUGAUGAUCAUUAAAAAGCCAGAUUUUCGACAAACAGGCUACUUUUUAAAGUUGAUUGAUGUAUUUCUGGCACUUUUUUAUGAUUAUAUCCAUCAAUUUCACCUUUUCUGGAUUGAACAAUUUAUCACGGGUCGGAAAUGUUGAACUGUUGCUUUAGUCUCCGUGCUGAUGAAUUAUUGUGAUAAUCCAAUGCAAAGAUAAAUUCUGAGAUGGCGUUUUGAAAUGUUAGAUUUUCAAAAUUUCAAAUAACAGAAUAAAAUACUUUAAAAAAACA